AUGUCUCUCCAACACAGCACAUCACUGCCUGUCCGCACGUCAAAGUCGACCGUGGCUCACCCACUCGCGCCACUGUCAGCACACGAGAUUCACGCAGCAUCCUCGCUGAUUCGAAACCAAUGGCCCGAGAAGACGGACCUCCAGUUCAAGGUACUCACCCUCGAGGAGCCAGCAAAGGCCGAGAUGGUGCCCUUUCUCGAAGCCGAGUUCAAGGGCCAAAGCCUACCAACCAUCGACCGCAGAGUCAUGAUUGCAUACUAUAUCCGCAAGACCGUGAGCGCUCAGCCAUAUUACUUAGAUGGUGUAGACACUAAUCAUCUGGCUAGNAACAAACUACACGAAGCCAUUGUCAACCUGACUACAUCAACAGUCGAGAGCAACGUUAGACUCGGACCCAACGUACACGCCGCAGGGGAUGGAGAAGAAAUCUUGGACAUUGAGAAGUUGGCUCUCGAGGACGAGGGUGUGCAAGCAGAGAUUGCCAAACUACAGCUCCCCGAAGGCACCGCUGUUGUCUGCGACCCCUGGAUCUACGGCUCGGACGGUGUCGGUGACGAUGACCGCAUGUACCAAUGCUUCCUCUAUAUGAGAGAUCCCAAGAACACCGACGAACUCGACUCGAACCACUACGCCUUNCCCCUGGCCAUCUCGCCUGUUCUCAGCGCCGUCGAGCGUAAGGUCAUUCGUAUCGACAUUAUGCCUACCGGAAAGGACAACACCAUCAAGCCCACACAGCCCUGGAAGCCUGUUCACGCCAACGAGUAUAUCCCAGAGGCCCAGAAGCUACGUACCGACCUGAAGCCUCUUCAAGUCUUGCAGCCUGAAGGUGCUAGUUUCAGCGUUACCCAAGAAGGCACAUCCCAGACUCUUGACUGGCAGAAAUGGUCGUUCCGCGUUGGCUUCAACCAAAGAGAAGGCAUGGUUCUUUACAACGUCCGUUAUGACGGACGCAGCGUCUUCUACCGUCUCUCGCUCUCAGACAUGUCCAUUCCUUAUGGUGACCCUCGUCACCCCUUCCAUAAGAAAGCUGCUUUCGAUCUUGGUGAUGUCGGUGCUGGUAUCAUGGCUAACGACCUGAAGCUGGGAUGCGACUGCCUUGGUUCUAUCCAGUACCUCUCUGGAGUCCUCGCCAACGACGAGGGUGAGGCCGAGGAUAUGCCUAAUGUUAUUUGUGUCCACGAGCAGGAUGGCGGCAUCGGCUGGAAGCACACCAACUACAGAACUGGCCGUGCUGCCGUCGUUCGCAACCGUGAGCUCGUGCUCCAGAGCAUCAUCACUGUCGCCAACUACGAGUAUAUCCUGGCCUUCAUGUUCAACCAGGCCGGUGAGAUGACCUACGAAGUCAGAGCGACCGGCAUCCUCUCGACUCAGCCAAUCGACGACGGUAUCAGUGUUCCUUGGGGUACUGUGGUUCACCCCGGUGUCCUCGCCACCCACCAUCAACACAUCUUCUCUCUGCGUGUCGACCCUGCCAUCGAUGGACACUCGAACCGUCUCGUGUACGACGAAGCCCUGCCCAUGCCUCGCAGCGACUUCAAUCCUCACGGAACAGGCUACUACACAGAAGAAACCGUCAUCUCACAAUCCGGUGGUUACGACCUCAACCCAGACACUAACCGCACUUUCAAGAUUCAGAACAGCAAUGUACGCAACCCUAUCAACAACAAGCCCGUUGCCUACAAGAUCCACGCCCCGCCUUUCCAAAAGGGCAUUGCCGACAAGGAGAGCUUCAACUACAAGCGGGCUGAAUUCUCGGACCGCAACAUCUACGCCGUCAAAUAUAAGGACGGCGAACUAUACGCCGGCGGCAAGUACACCAACCAAUCUCGCGGCGGCACUGGUGUGCGCAGCUGGGCAGAUCGCAAGGACAACAUCGUUGAUGAGGACCUUGUCGUCUUUGUUCAGUUCGGUAUCAACCACGUCCCUCGCAUCGAAGACUUCCCAGUCAUGCCUUGUGAGAUCAUCAAGGUCAGUCUGAAGCCAGUCAACUUCUUUGACAGAAACCCUGCUUUGGAUGUGCCGCCGAGCACGCAAGAGUUCAACAAGAGUACAUUGCUUAGUGAGACGCAUAAGCAACCCACUGUUGAGGGUAUUGUGGGUAGUGAAGGUGACUUGUGCUGCAAGACCACUACUAGCAGCAAGUUGUAG